AUGGAGCAUGUAGAAACGCACGACAGGGCAGACCUGCUUCCGCUCGAACUAGAUCCCACUGCGGAUGUCAUAGGGUCUGCAUCUCGAGACGAAGUCGAUGGCGGAGUCAUAUCUGUGCCCAUGAAUGUGCCGGAGCUCAGCGUCGUACCAGGAGAAGUAAUUUUGCUACCGGAAGAGUUGGAGCUGGCUGCUGUUGAGCGGAGAGCUGUAGUGCUUGUCGAGCCUGUGGGCGAUCAGCUGGGUGAGGCAGAAGCCGAAAGCGUGGAAGUAGUGUUUAUCGACGAGGAAAUUGACCCUAUCGUAGAGGUUGUAUUCCGGAUGGAAGUCGCUGCUGUCGUACUCGUGGUUUUGGUUGCCAUAGUCCGGGUGAAAGUUGCAUAG